GUUUUGAGGAAGAUGGGGAGAGGCAAGAUUGAGAUCAAGAGAAUUGAGAACCCAAGCAACAGGCACGUGACCUACACGAAGAGGAGGAAUGGGAUCAUAAAGAAGGCUACGGAGAUCAGUGUUCUCUGUGAUGCUAAAGUUUCGCUUGUUAUCUUGAGCAGCUCUGGAAAAAUACAUGACUUCUGCAGCCCUUCAACUUCGCUGAUUGAAAUCUUAGACUUGUACCACCGGAGUUCUGGGAAGAGGUUGUGGGAUGCCAAGCAUGAGAACCUCAGGAAUGAAAUUGAUAGAAUCAAGAAAGAGAACGACAACAUGCAGAUUCAGCUCAGGCACUUGAAGGGGGAGGAUAUCACAUCUUUGAACCCUAGAGAGCUCAUACUCCUUGAGGAAGCCCUUGAAAAUGGCGCCAGCAGUAUCCGCGAGAUGCAGAUGGACUGCUGGAGGAUGGCUAGGAAAAAGAACAAGGACUUGGAGGAGGAGAAUAAGGACCUUCAAUUCACUCUGCACCAACAGGAACAGGAGAUGGCCAUGGAAGCAGCAAGCAGAGACCUGGAGGAUGAUUAUGCGCAGAGGGUGAGGGACUACAAUUCUCAAAUGCCUUUGGCUUUCCGUGUGCAGCCUAUUCAGCCAAAUCUACAAGAGAGGAUAUAAUAGUCUAAAGUACUGUUAGCUAGCUAGCUGUCUUGAAAAAUAACUUAAUUUCAGCUGUCCAACGUUUGUAAUAGCCUUAAUAUUUUCCUCCUUAUGCAAGUUCCAGCUAGCUAGUACUCAAACCU